CGUCAAUCAACUCUCAUCGUUNGAUGGAUUAGUNGAAAGUGUGUCAAAAAAGGUUCCNGAUUGGUUAUACAAGCCAGCAAUAGCCAGAGACUUCCCCAGACCNAGAGUGCCAUCAUCACCNGAGCUCAUUCANAGAUACGAACAGAGGCGCAAGUUUUUCAGUGCUUAUCCAGGAAGAGCAGUUCUUGUGUGUAUAGGUGCAUUGAUCACUUUAGCAACCCCUUCGAGAGCUCCUACAUUUCUCACGAUACCUGUGCAGUUUGUCGCCCUGUCGAUGAUUGCUUUACACGUCAUACUACUAUUCAUCUGGCUAUUUGGUGUAAAUGGAGCAGCAGCUCAUAUUUACACUCCAACNGAAGAAGAAUACAACAAGAUAAAGGANAAUCUGGCCACACCCGAAACAAUGCCCAUAUUACCUGCNGAAAGAAGAAACGAGUUUGGUCAGAAAGUUGGUUUAUUUUGGUCGAGCACUAUACUUUCUCCACCUACUUGGGCAUUAAUACUGGGUCUAUUAGAUUCAGGAGUGUCUGCUCCUGUAGUUUCCUUAGCAGUCUGUAUUGGUGGUUUCGUAGCAGUAGCAUUAACUACGUUACUUGGACACCCCUCAGUCAGAUUUGGAGUUCCUCUACCAGUCAUUUGUCAUUCCAGUUUUUCGUUNGAAUUGAUUCAUCUUCCACUGAAUAUCAAGUUAGCGUUGGGAUUGCUUUGGUUUGCUUUGAGUUGUUGGAUCGGAGGAGAGUCACUUACAGGUGCACUCACUAUCUUUCUUCCCAACACAAGCCCACUAUUUAUUCGGAGUACUGGUUAUUCAUUAUUCUGGUUGUGGCAUUUAUUCAUGGUUUGGAUAUANAAUGGAACGAGAAAACCGAANGAAACCAAGAUUCACUUUUGGAAUUAUUGGUUGCCAGAAAAGGCGGUUCCCGAAUUGUUAUACAAAUACGUGCACUACUUAUUUCUUCUUCUUCUCCUUGGAAGUUGUUUGGCAGUUUCUCAAUUCAGUCAUUUGACUCCCAUGACUUUGAUNAAGGAAGCUUAUCAUCGUAUAACAAUACCAGGAGCUAUGAAGUUUGGUAUUUUAUUUCCUUUAGUGAAUGCAUUUGCUUCGCUGUGGAGUUUCCAAAUCCUUACGGCUCCNAAUGUUGCNAGCAGACUGCCUUCUCAAUUGAGUCAUUUAACCUCAACUUUAGGUGGAAUUAUUCCAAGUACCUUUGGUAUUGCACUAUUAAGUCCACUUGUGGUGUCUGCUAUCGUACUAACUUUUGGAAGUUAUGCCUCACGAAUGAUAAUUUCUUCCCCUACUUUACUCAUAUCAGCUGCAGGACACACAACUGGUUCAGUUGCAAUCAAAUUGUUGAUGUUUUUAUUAUUAGCUGCAGUGGCAUUCGCCUCAAAUAUGCGAGCCUGCAUGGAAACAUUAUCCCAGACCAUUCGACUGCGUUUUCUUCAUCAUGUAAAUUCAACUCGAAUUUCCACUACAAUUGGUAUUCUACUUUCGAUAUUAUGCCCAUGGUACUUGUUAUGUAUUCGUCCGAAUAUUCUUUCACAUAUUUGGAUUCCAGUGAUGGGAACGCUAGCUGGACCGUUGACAGGUGUGCUACUUUGNGAAUAUUUUAUUGUUCGUCGAAUGGACUUGAAAUUUUANGAUCUCUACAGUCCUUANGANAGCAAAUACGAGUAUUUCAACUUUCAGAAUCCAGUUGCUUCUAUAUCUGUAAUCCUUGGUAUGUUGCCAUGUUUGCGAGGUCUCUUGGGUGCUCUUGGUAUCUAUCCUGGUGCUUCGAAACUUGCUCUUCAACUGUGGCAUUCGUCAUUCUUCAGUACCAUGAUAUCUGGAGGAACUUUAUAUUAUCUUAUCACUAUGUGGUACCGUUAUUGGCACAAGUUGUUNGAAUGGAUACUUUUCAAAUUGUAUCCAAUGGAAGUGAAAACCAACAAGAAGCUGUUCAAAAUACAUUUUUGACUGUGUUCUUUUCCACAUCUAAUAAAGGAAACUUGUUGUUG